AUGCCCAGCGCGACGAAGAACGCGACCGCGGUGGACGCCGGGGGCGUCCGCGAGGACCUAUGGAACUUCGGCGACGAGGUCGGGCUGGAUGAAUUCCUCUCCAACAUCCCGGACGGCGACGAGGUGAGCGCGCUUGGGGGGGUUGAAAAAGGCAAACGGGGAGGGAACGGGCUGGGAAAUUGGGACGUGCUUGACGAGGCCCUCAGCGCGGACAUCCAGUCCUCCGCGCCCGUCGAGGUGCCGGGAAAGAAAAAAUCUCCCCCCUCUUCCGAUCUCCGCCCGGAGACGCCGAAGGGCGCGCAAGGCGACUCGGGUUUCGGCGGCUCCCCCGGCGCGGAUCGGGACUCGAACGGCUCGCACGGCGGCAGCGGCCCAGGCGCGAGCAAGAGCGGUACCAGCAGCGGGUACGUCGGAAGCGCGAACGACGGGGAUGAAGCCGCGCUGGAUGGCCUCGGGAAGCUCUCGACCGCGCUGGAGAUGGUCCGAUCGCAGCAGAUCGGCGCGGGUAACGCGCACAUGGGCGCGGCGCCGGACAUCUCGAUGGACGCCCAGGUCCUCCUGACGCGACUUCAGAAGAUGCUCGAGUCCGUGAGCCAGUGCGUGAAGCUCGGUUCGCUGGUGCAGAUGUUCGUCCCGAAGGUGGAUAACUCCUCGGGCGUCGUCACGCUCGUCACGCACCGCGCGUUGGCGCGCGUCAGCUCGGUGCACGACAAGAAGUUCUGGCAGUACCACAAGGUGUCGGAGUCGUUCUUCUUCAGCCUCUCCCCGUCCUCCUCCGAGGGUUUGCUCGGCCUCCCCGGGCGGUGCUUCCUGUACGGGCGCACCGAGUGGACCCCGAGCGUGUGCUGCUACCGGCCGAUGGAGUACCCGCGGUUGCAGUGCGCGAUCGAGUGCCAGGUCAACUCCACCCUCGUCGUGCCCCUCUUCAUCUCCAACUCCGUCUCGGAGGAGAUUCCGUUUGCGGUCAUGGAGAUUGUGAUGGACCGUCAGACGAUGCUCCCCGGCACGUUGUUCGAGACGGUCGCCGCCGCCAUCCGGUCGCACGGGUUCUACACCUGCGACACCAGCUGCUUGGGUUCGCCCGCCACGAUGAGGAAGAUGGUGGCGGACACGGUGGACUCGCUGUGCGAGUCCAACUCGCAGGCGCUGGCGCACAUGUGCCGAUCGCUGGGCAUGCUGUUGGCGCAGUGCUGGCUGCCGGACUCCACCGGCGAGUGGCUCAUCGCGUCCGGCGCGCCGUUCUGCAUGGGUGACGUGAUGACCCUGCCGUACCGCCAGCUCUCCGAGCAGGUCACGCUUCGGCGGGGGCAAGGACCCGUCGGGAGGGCGAUGGAGAAGGGAGGCAUCGUCUGGGUGGACGACGUGCAGAACGGGUCGCAGGUGGAGUGGCCGCUGCACCACGCCACCGCGCUCCUCGGGCUCCACGGCAUGUGCGCGUGCAGGGUGCUCGUCCAGAAGAAGGACGGCGAGAAGACGGAGGCUGUGCUCGAGCUGUACUUUCCGGGCAACCUGAAGUCGCCCGAGCAGCAGCAGCCCUGCGUCGACGCCGUCUGGAACCAUCUGCACGGCAGUUCAACACUCUCGAUGUUAGGCUCCGCCGGCGAUUCCGAGAAUCCGGGCGCCGGCGUGCAGCCCAUCCCGACGGACAUCAGCAACGUCGACCCCUCCUUCGGCGGGUUGUUGUCUGACGUCAACGCGCCCAAGUACGACUACGGCGUCGCGGGGGGCGCGGGCGACGCCAAGCCGCCGUGGGGCAUCACGCUCGAGAUGCUGCAGAAACACUUCUCGAAACAUCUCAAGGAAGCCGCGAAGGACCUCGGCGUCGGCUCCACCACGCUCAAGCGAAUCUGCCGCCAUUUCGGCAUCUCGCGGUGGCCGCGGCGGAGCCUCAAGUCGAAGCAGGGCCGGCUGCAGAACGCGCUCAAGACGCUCAGCGCGGAGGGCGCGCUGCCCCCGGGCCAGUUUGGCAUACACGCGUCGGGUACCUACAUGGGCCAGCCCGGCACGUCGGCGUUCAACGACGGACUGGACACGGACUCGCCCGGCGGGUCCAUGCACGACGGAUCGUCCUUCGGGGGCAGCAUGCACGGCGGCAGCUCCUACGGGGGCAGCAUGCACGGCAGCAUGCACGCCGGCCUGAACUUUCCCCCCGGCGCUCAAUCCUUCGGGGGAUCAGCGCACGCCGGCGCCCAGUUUGGAGGAGGGGGCGCGAUGGGUGGCUCGAUGGGUGGCUCGAUGGGUGGCUCGAUGGGUGGCGCGAUGGCGGCUGGCGGGAGCAUCCGCGCGGGAAGCAACCUCGGGGGUCUCAAGCGCGACAGCGGCGGCGUGGCGUUUGGGCACGGCGGCGGCGGGAAGGCCCGGGGCGUGUCGUGGCACGGUGGCGACGGCGCGCUUCGGAUGAUGGCUCGCAACGAGUACGUCGGCGGCGGGUUAGGGCCCGGCGCGGAUGGCGGCGGUUUGAACAUCCCGAGCGUGAACCCCCUGCGAGGUAACUCGUUUCACGGCGCCAACGGCGGUCACUUCGGCGCCUCCCCGACGGGGCUCCCGGGGAUGAUGCACGCGCGGAACGGGUCGUUUGGCGGGGGGGGCGCCUCGUUUGGCGGCCAAAGUUCCUCCCCCGGCCGAGGCGCCGGCGGCUCCGGGGACUUCGGCGGCAUGUGGAGCUCGUUUGAGAGCGCGGGGACAAACUUGGGUCUCGAGGAGGGCGGCGGCGGCGGCGGCGGCGGCGGCGGCGGGCGGGCGCACGGCGGGAGCGCGGCCGGAUCCCUUCUCAGGCAGUCGAGUAGCAUGCAGGCGCGCGAUGGCGGGUCGAUGGCGGAGGAUUUCCUCGCCGUCAGCGGCAACGGCGCGGCGCCCAACCUCGCGGCGCUCACGGUGAAGGUGAGCGUGAGCAACGGCGAUAACGUUCGGUUCAAGCUCCUGCCCGGGAUGGCGUACGCGGACGUUCAGGCGCGGCUCAGGGAGAGCAUCGAGGGCCAGAUCGGCGACAUGAGGCUGAGGUACCAGGACGAGGACGACGAGUGGUGCGCUCUGAACGGGGACUCGGACCUCGCGGAGUGCAUCCAGGUGUGUCAGAGCCGGGGGAUGGUUCGCAUGCAGGCCGCCAGGUGA